GAAUAUCUUUUCGGAAAGAUUGAUAUGCAGAUUAAGCUUGUCCCUGGAAAUUCUGCGGGAACGGUCACUGCUUACUAUCUAUCCUCAAAAGGAGCAAACUGGGAUGAGAUAGACUUUGAAUUCUUGGGAAACGUAACUGGUGAACCUUACAUUCUUCACACAAAUGUGUUUUGCCAAGGCAAAGGCAACAGAGAGCAACAAUUCUACCUAUGCUUCUAUGUAGAUGACAUUCCCAUUAGAGAAUUCGAGAACAUGGAGUCUUAUGGCAUUCCGUUCCCUAAGCACCAGCCAAUGAGAAUUUACUCAACCCUUUGGAAUGCCGAUGACUGGGCGACAAGAGGAGGACUUGUGAAGACAGAUUGGAGCCAGGCACCCUUCACUGCUUCCUACACAAAUUUCAAUGACGACAAUGCUUGUAUUUGGACUUAUGGACAAUAUUCUUCUUGCGAUUCAAAUAAUGAUAAUGUUAAUAUUCCAUUUUCAAAUUGGCAUGCUAAAGGCGUCUGGUACUGGGAAAAGCUCGGGUUUGCAGGGAGAGGACAGAUUAAAUGGGUGCAGAAAAACUACAUGAUAUACAAUUAUUGCACAGAUUAUAAACGAUUUCCCCACGGUCUCCCUAAAGAAUGCAAUAUCAAGAAGGAAUUGUUCUAAGGGAGAUGAUCGUCUGUUAUA